GAAAUUAGAAUGUUUCCUCCAUGCUGGUUAUGUAAUAAUGGUUGCGAGUAUUUUGGUGAUGCUUUGGAUUGCUUACUCUUCAGCUGCAAUCUGCCAGUUCGAUGCACAAUGUACAUGCACAUCUUCGUAUCCUAAUUGGGGCCAAGUUCAGUGUCACAAUGCUAUCGUCCAUCUUUCGCCAUUCAACACCACUAAACUGUUUACUCUAUCGUUAAUCAAUAAUAGAUUGGAUUACCUACCACCUAGGUUUCUUCAAGGAACAGGACUUUAUAAACUAAUAUUGGAAAAUAAUCCAAUAUAUUCCUUACAUGAAGAAAGUCUUGCUGGAUUGGAAAGGUCAUUAUGGGAACUACAUAUUGCAGAUUGCAAGCUUUCCAGUAUUCCGGGAAAUGCAGUGAGGCAUCUAUACAGAUUAAGAACUCUAAAUCUUGAAGGGAAUGAAAUAUCCAAUAUUAAUACAGAACAAUUACGAGGUGUCUCAGCAUCCCUACAAACAUUGAUCUUAUCUAACAACAAACUUACAGUCUUACCAUCAGGAAUAUUUUCUGGUUUGCAGUCCCUAGAAGUUUUAGAUUUAAGAGGCAACUCAAUUUCCUCAUUAGAUCCUGCAGUAUUUACACCAGCCCCACCCAAAUUGAGGGAGCUCAACUUAGCAGAUAAUUUAUUUGAUAACAUCCCCUAUAAGCAGUUGGCAAAUAUAAGAUCUUUGCAUGUUCUUAAUUUAAAUCAUAACCAUGUUAGUAAAGUUGACCAAGGGAUAACUGGAAUAAAAUUAAAUUUGGAUUCACUUUUACUCGAAUACAAUGAAAUUACGGAAUUGGGUUCAAAUGCGAUGGCUAAUUUUGAUGUAGCUAAUAGAACUUCAUUUAAAGCUAACCCUUUAAAAAUUAUUGAGGAUAAUGCAUUUUUAGGAUGCAAAAUUCAGGAUUUGGACCUUUCCCAGUGCCAACUACAAGAUAUUGAUCCCGAAGCCUUUAAUGGCCUUGAAAAUACUUUGCAGAGUUUAGAUCUUUCUGAUAAUAAUGUGGCAAAUGUUUCAUAUUUUUCCUUCAACAGAUUUAUGACACUUCAAAAACUUCAUUUGGAUGAUACACAUUUUCAUGAAGUCGACUGGUUGCUAAAGCCUGAAUCACCAUUUGAAGGAAUGCACUUAUCGAGCCUUUUUAUCAAUGGAAAGCAAAAGAGGCAAAUCAAUUUAAGCAAAUUACCCAAGUUAGCUCAUCUCCAAAAUUUGGUUAUAAUCAAUUCACAACUAGGAGGUUUUUCAGUGAAUGACUUAAAAUCUUUUUCAAUCGAGCUUGAAACAUUCAUCGCUCAUGAGAGUGGUAUUACAAUCCUUCAACCAAAUAUCUUCCUUGAAACUAGAGGCAUUAAAACCUUGGACUUGACCGACAACAAAAUUGAAAAGAUAGAUCCUCUAUCAUUUAUGGAGUUAGGCCAUUCUUUGGAAACAUUGAUAUUAAUGCAUUGCUUCUCCAGUGGAGUGACAUCUUUACCAACAGGGUUAUUUAAACCACUCAGUUCUCUUAAAGUACUUAAACUGAACCACAAUUAUCUCUCAAAGCUGCCAAAUGAUCUAAGCUAUCUUUCAAAUCUUCAAAUUCUCCAUGCCCAUGAUAACAAAAUCGAAAAUAUAAACAAAAAUUUAUUUAAGGGUAGUGACCAUUAUCAACUUAUGGAAAUCAACUUGUCAUUCAACAAAAUUACUAAAAUAUAUAUCGGCAGUUUCUCUGAUCUAGAUAACCUUAUGGACAUAAAUCUCGGUGACAAUGAAAUUGUUAAUAUUGAUGCUGGAGCUUUUGCUAACUUGAUAGAUCUAACAACACUUUCACUCCGUGGAAAUAAACUGACAUCCCUGAAUACCGAAACAUUCCAAAAUUUACCGUGUCUUGCUUACUUGGACUUGGCAUUUAACUCUCUUAAUUCAUUUAACUUUGCCAGUCUUGAUCAGGUUGGUACUUUAUCGUCACUAACAGUCAACGUCAGCUACAAUAUGAUAAAACUAUUGACUCCAAAUGCCACUUAUAUUAAUGGUCGUGAUAAUGUUUAUACUUCCAUAAAGAUAUUAGAUUUCUCUCACAACAAUAUUACAUUUAUUGAUAAAAAUUACCUGCUGCCAGUUCAACAUACACUGACACAUUUGUAUUUGUCCCAUAAUUCAUUGGAAAACGCUUCGAGAGACUUUUUACCAGAAAUGCAUCUUCUGCAGUUGCUUGAUCUUAGCUACAAUUCUCUUACAGAAAUUGAAUUUGAUGCGUUGAGGAGUGCUCGUGCUUUACAGGUUAUACUAUUGUCUCAUAACAAAUUGAAGGACAUACCGGACGAUUUAUUCCUCUCUUUAAAUUCAUUAAAAAGGGUCGAUUUAUCUUACAAUCAUUUGUUUACAAUCAUGGAUGCAAUGAUGUCACCUCCUAGCCUCAUGUCAGUUGAUCUUUCUCACAAUGACCUUACGAGAGCACCACUUUCUACCUUUUCACCAAUGGCAGCGGCUAAUUUAAUCGAACUUUAUCUUGGCCAGAACAGGAUCAUUAAUCUUCCUGCGGCUGAUCUUUUCUCUAGAUUUGAGAACUUGCGUAUUUUGGAUCUAUCUUCUAAUAAGUUGACCGAAAUCGGCAAUUCUCUCUCUCAACUUCCCAGCUUAUCGAGGCUUAGCAUUGCUCACAACUUUAUUCACAUUGGUGGAAAGGACUUCUUAGGUCUAGAAGAUACAUUAGAACAUCUUGAUCUAACUAAUGCUUCUAUUAGCUAUGUUCCAUCCUUACAUUUACCAUCUUUGAAAACUUUAAGCCUCGCUUAUAAUCUGAUAUCAUAUUUGCCUCCAGAUCUAGCAACAAAUCUGACUAAUCUUAAAUAUUUAGAUUUAUCAUACAAUAAUUUACAAAGUAUACCACAAUUUCCUCAGUUAAAAGCAUUAUACAUGGCUGGCAAUGAAAUAAGUGUUAUAAGCAAUACCAGUUUUAAUGAAUUUCCUAAUAUUUAUGAUCUAGAUAUUCGUCAUUUAUUAUUAACUGAAUUUGACGAAGAAGGGCUGACCAGCUUACUGGGCUUACAGUCAUUACAUAUUAGCAACUUUAAAGAUUUAAAAAAUUUUAAUAUUCCUCAAUGGUCAAAAGAAAAUAAAGGACUUCGAUAUCUUCAUAUUGAGCUAAAGGGAUCAGGAAAUCUUGAUCAAGAACUAAAAGGAUCUUUACCAAAAAAAGUUAGGCACUUAGCUUUUACUGGAAAAGAAAUUAAAUCACUUCCAGAUUUUCUUCUGAAAGGAAUUUGGAAUCCAAGUGUUACAUUGACAUUGAGGAACACGAGUGUUGAAAGCUUGCCUGCUAACUUAUUUUCAUCUUUGACUUAUGUUAGAAAUAUCAGCAUUGAUGUCUACAAUAACAGUUUAAAAAGUCUUUCUAACCCUUCCAAUAUCGGUGCGGCCAACCGACCCGGUAAAACAUUUCUAAUUGAUCUUUUCAUGCAGGAUAACCAGUGGAAUUGUGAUUGCCAGCUUGGAUGGGUCGAAACAUGGCAGAGAAAAAGAAGACAAGUAUACUUUAGGGAUCACACAGUUGAGGAUGUUCGGCAAACCAAGUGUAAUAAUAAAGGGAAUAAAUCUUUCCUUGAAGUUUUAAAGACAGAUCUUGAAUGCGGGUGGAGCAGAAGCAGUAUUACCUAUCCAACUUGGUUUUCUCUAAGCUUAUCAUUGAUAAUUUUAAUAUUUAAAAAUGUUAUACUCACAUGAAUGCAUUGACAUUCGAAUUAUUUUCUGUUUUCAAAAUGAAAACUCAAUUGUUAAAUAUCCAGAAUUGGCCAACUUCUGAUGAUUUUUUUAUAUUUUUCUGUACUUUUUAACACUUAUACUGCCAUUUUUUCACUAGUUACGUUGUGAAAAAGAGUUUGUAAAUUAGGAUUUACGUGUCUAAAUUAUUAGAAUGAUGUACAAAUGUGUAUGUUUAUUGCACUAAAGGCAUGUAUUCCUUAAGAAUCGUUAUUAUUUAUUGUUAUUGUUAUUUUAUGUUACUAGUCCUUAAUUAUACUUAAUUGAAUUCUCAGUUCAUGUUAUUUUUUAACAUAUUUGUCUCUUACUGAUUCCUUUUUUUUUUUUUUUUAUGUAAUUAAGUGUCUUAUCUUUCUAUUUGGAAAAGGGUUCAAUAACUUUCGAUUGCACUAUGAAUAAAUAAUUUAUUGUUAUCUGACAAAUCUUUAUUUUCAAAUGCUUUAAUGCUGGUACAUUUAUUUAUUUUUACAACACCUAAACAUUAAAAAUGGGAAAGGAAAGGAAAAAAAAAAACUUAAGUUAAAAUUUGACAUUGUCGCUCAGUUCAUGUCUUUCUUCAAUUAUUGAUGGAACUUUUGCCUUCAUAACUUCUUGGCAGUUGGUCCU